UAGAGCUGAGGAUGGUACCAUAAUAACCGAUUGGUACAGGAAGCCAACACACUCAGGUAGAAUAUUAAAUUACAGGUCCAACCACCCAUCAGAGCAAAAAAUUGGUAUCAUUAAAGGCAUGACUCUUAAAAUUUUGAAUAACACCCAUGAAAAGUUCCACCAGAGUAAUCUAGGGAAACUUAAGGAAUUAUUAGUAAAUAAUAAUUAUCCAAGAGCCAUGAUUAAGAUAGCAAUUGAUGCGAGUGUGGAAAAAUGGCAUAGAACCAACAGUAAUACCAAUUUAAAUCUGGAUGAAGCUACUGGGAAUAAAAGGUUUAUGAGGUUUCCUUUCAUAAAACAUAUGUCAUCAAAAAUUAAUGCUUGUUUCAUGGAUACUAAUAUCAAAUUGGCGUAUUAUAAUGUGAAACAAGUUAAAUCUUGUUACACAAAAUUAAAAGAUAAAACACCAUUACUGGACCAAUUUGGUGUUAUCUAUAAAAUUCCUUGCGAAUGUGACAAGUGUUAUGUUGGACAAACUAGACAACAUCUGAAGAAGAGAAUUGCCCAACAUAAAUAUGAUUGCAAAAAAAUUAAACUAGUUAAUCAUAAUGUGUUAUUGGAAGUGGAACCUCCAUCAAGUAGCACAGCUUUGGCGUUACAUCACUUGAACACCGGACACAGAUUCAAGUUUGAGGAUGUCUCUAUGUUGGAUCAAGAAAGUCAUUGGAAGAAGAGGAACAUCGGGGAAAUGUGCUUUAUUAAGAUGAAUAAUACAAUUAAUAAGAGGACGGAUACUCAAAAUUUAAGUUCUGUAUAUAAUGUAAUUUUAAAUUGUGACAGGGCCCAUAGUUUUGAUGGUACGGGUAUGUAGAUGACUGUUUUUGUGAGAACAUACAGUACAUUAUUAUCAGCUGUUAUUACCUGAGAGUAGAACUUGUAGUAUUGACAGAGUUUUAGUUAAUUAAUAUUUGUUAUUUAUUAGUUAAUGUUUAUCAAUUGAAACACGAAUAAAUGAAUUUGGAAUAUGAUGUGAAUAAGUUCAGGUUGUUAGCCUGCCUCGAUUCAUUUGACAUGUUUUUAACAAUUGAUGUUUGAUAAUUGAGCACCUGAAGAAGUCGGGAAACCGAUGAAACGUUGUGAAAAUUUAACAUAAACAUCGAAUAAAUAUUUCCAAUAAACUGUGAA